AUGUGGUCGAAACAAGCCGAUAACGUGCGCACCCCCAAACCCAACAACAUGACCACGUUCCGGAACAAAAUAACCAAUAGAAAAUCGAAAAAUAACGCCGACAAUAAUAAUCCGACUGAUACUGCCUCGCUCACUGAUAAUAAGUUAGAAACUGAUAAGAAAAAGCAGCAGCAGCAACAACAGACCAAGUCUUCAAAUCCGAAGACAGGAAGAAAUAGAACAAGGAAACAAAACAAAAAAGAAGCUGCUGCCAAGGAGAAAAAUGAGAAAAAUCUAGUUGCCUCUCAAGACAAGGUUACAAUAAUUGAAAAAGAGACUAAUAAUGAUGAAUGUGACGGUGUAGUUUUAAGAAACUCUAGUUUAAGUCGUACCAAUAGUACAUCGGUAAAACGUUACAGUGACAGUUUUGUGUUGGAAAAUCAACUAACAAACCAAGAAACUGAGGAAAAACAAAAAGUCACCAACCCUACUCCAUUAACCCGAGCUCUAAGCGGGUUUUUCGUUAUAGAUUCCAGUAAAAGGCACAAUAGAAGAUUCAGUGAUCUUUUUAGGCCUGUUAGUAGUAAGUUUUCUGGUAGUACUGAAAGUUUACAGAUUCCUAUAAAACUAGAAAAAAAUGUUCCUGAAAAAGUGGUGAAACAAGACACAAAGAAUGAGUCUAAGGCUAAUAAAAAGGCUGAAAGUGCUGCUAAGAAAAAUGCACAGACUUUUGCCAAACCUUCAACAACCGAAUCAAAUUCUUAUCUGAAACGAGUCAAAUCGAAAAUUUAUAAGAGCAAAAGUGAUGAUACGUCAAAAAUUGAAGUGGACUCAAAAUACAAAAAACUAAAACCAAAAAAAUCGCUGGAUCUCAAUGGAAGAAUACCUGAAGAAGAUGUUGUAUCGCCAACUAGCGGCGGUAUUCAGAAAUCUUUAGGACACUUCCAUUUCGGUAGACUAACAAGACAAACUACUAAUUUGGAAAGGAUUAGUCGUCCAUUUGGUUCUCAAAAGUCAGUGGAAACGUCACAAACUGACGGACUAGAAAGGCCAAUCUUAGCCAAGUCAAAAUCGAGUAGCGCGAUUAAUCUGAGCUUGCUAAGGACGCGCAGAGCCAAAUUGCUGGAGCAAUCGGCUCCCCUCUGUAAAGACGAAUUCGAUUUUAUAGCAUUUGGGGAUGUCAAAUCGGCUGGCUCUAGUACUAGUUUGCACAGGUUUCCUAGUUGGUUGCAUCUCAAUAAAGGUGAAGCCAAAGUAUCGCAGCCAGUGUCCAGGACCGGAUCGGAUAGACGGCCGGACGCCGUCCGCGAGGAGGGUGCCCGGCCCGUCGAAGAUUCAAACUUUCAACAGCAAGGAGACGGCGCUUCGGACCAUCAUACGGAAACUUCUUCGGAGAAGAAAGACACCAAUAUGCCGCAAGAAAGCUCCAGCAAUUUACAUUUGAGCGGUGCCAAAAGGCGAACCGGUGGACACAUUAAUCGAUCCGAAAGUGUAAAAGAACAAUCCGAAAAGAGUCGGAAACAACAAAGAAGAAACAUCAGCGAUCCUUCUCAUGCCCAUAAUACCAGUAGCUAUGACGUGGACGAGCGACAAGAUGCUUCAACCAAAAACACCGAAUCAGGAAGCUCAUCAAAUUCCAGUAUAUCUGUUGUCAAUGGUAGAUUAUCUGAAAGUCCUUCAAACAGUAUGGACGUGCACCAAGCUACAGUCAGAACCCAAUCAGAUUCUGACAGUGAUAUGGACAACGAAACCGAUCCCCUAAACUGGCGCGAUCUAGUUACCGAAGAAGAACUUAAAAAAUUAAACCCCAACGAAAAAAAGCGACAAGAAGUCAUAAACGAAUUGUUCCUUACAGAGGCCUCGCACAUGCGUAUGCUAAAAGUCUUAUACAAAUUGUUUUAUAAAAGUAUACACUCGAGUCAACUAUUAAAACCAGACGAAUUAAACCUCAUUUUCCCUAAUAUAAAAGAGCUAUUGGACAUUCAUACUGAAAUCAACAAAGAAAUGAGACGAAUAAGGAAAGAAGAUCCUCUAGUAAGACAAAUAGGUGACAUGUUAGUAAAUACCUUCACUGGAACCCAAGGCGAACAAUUACAAAAAGCCUCUGCUGCAUUUUGUGAACGUCAACAACUCGCUCUGGAAUUCAUCAAAAGACGUCGAGAGCGAGACAACAAGUUUGACGCUUUGUUAAGCGAGUGUGAGAAAAAGAGACAGUGCAAACGGUUGCAGCUGCAAGGAAUUGUGCCAUACGAGAUGCAAAGACUUACAAGAUAUCCCUUGUUGUUGGAGCGGUUGAUUAAAAGUGUUGAAGCUGCUGAGAAGACUUGUAGCGAAUAUCAAGACGAAUUGGUUAAACUCAGACUAGCACAUCAAAGUUCCAAAGACAUCCUCAGAUUCGUAAACGAAGCCACCAAAGUGGCCCACAACAAACACCGUCUGGAGGAAAUCCAACGCCACCUGGACGUUUCCAAUUUCCGAAAUAACGAUCACCCCAUCGUUUACGAUUUCAAAAAUAUCGAUCUUACUAGGUAUAAGUUAAUAUUGGAAGGCAGUCUACAAUUGAGGAGGCCUAACAAAGCACCGGUCCAAGUCCAUGUUCUCCUUAUGGAAGAAAUGGUGGUGAUUUUGCAAAAGGAAAAUGAAAAGUUUCUGUUGAAGUUUUUCCAGUCAGGGGCACCUACGCAAAUGGCUCCUCUUUCGCCUAUAAUCAAAAUGAGUACGCUUUUGGUGCGAGAAAAUGCUGUCUGUAAAAAUGCCUUGUUCCUUGUAAAUACAUCAACAACGAGUAGUCAAAUGUACGACCUGCACGCCGAAGACGAACCCAAACGGGAAAUCUGGCUAAAACAAUUCUCGGACGCAGCAGAUGCCUAUAACCGUCGUGAAGGUAAACCUAUCCGUUCCGGUCCUAUUCUCACGCAGCCUUUGGAACCAGUUUCCGAUUCUGAUUCAGAUUCGAUUCGUGGACCGGAACCUGAGUUAGUGGUACCGCCUGAAGUUAAAGAAGAUCCUCAGUCGGAAAAUGAGGAAGUUCCUGCUACUGUAGAGGCGGAGCCGUCUGUGGAUGAGGCCAAAGAUAGUCAGAGAGAGGAGCCUGAAAGUGGUGCACCAGAAUCGUCCAACGGUGGUGGUGGUGAUUUGCAACAAGUAACCGAGAUGAAAGUGAGCGCUGAAGAGUGGCCCUUGAUCCAGCCAUCGCAAGUUUGCGUGGAAGUACCGCCAGUGCAUACUGCCGAGUCGAUGCUUACACCACUAGAGCAAAUCCGAAGAAAAGAUGCACUGGUGAAACAAGCAUUAGCUGAAAAAGAAGACCUUGUUGCCGACAUGUUGGCCAUUCCUCGUGAACAUUUCGAACACAUUGCUGACAUGACGACCACCAACAAUCUUGGAGGUCACACUUCAGACAUAACUGACAGGCUUUUAGCCAGCGUCUUCCAGGUCGAUAUUCUUCAGAAGGCGGUCAACGAGGCUUUGAACAUCACCGAAAGCGAAGUGAUGGCCGCCAGGGGCGGCAAAUCUCCUGUUUGUACCGGCCAAGAAGUGACCGAAACUAGAUCUGUGAUUCCCAGUGUGCCUGCUGGAUUAGUUGGGGACAUUGCCGCUUCCCUCAGUUUACAGCUUACUACUUUAUUGAGUGAAUUUAAGCAAGUCGAAGACGAGCGAGAUAGACUCAGAAAGGAACUUCACAAAGUGAGAGAGCAACUUCAUGUUGAACACAAACUCCACAGCCCAGUGCCAUUCGAAGAUCCGGAUCCUGCUGUUACUUCCGAUGAAAGUAAUCAGGAAAUAUUUUGUGAAUCAAUCAGCGAAGAACCAAAUUAG